AUGUCUAAUCGUCGAUCAGGAGCAACUGGCCAAGUUGGUGGGUUGGGAGCAGCAGAAGCGCUUGACCCGUUAGGAGCUCCGGGUACAACUGGAGCGUCCAGAACAACUCCAGGCGCACCUGGGCGUGACCCCACAGGAUAUGGCGGCACCGAAGGUGGUGGACAAGCUCAACUACACCGCCAUAAAACUGAUGUUGAAACUGACCAAAAUUAUGGUCAAGUGACCAGUGGGUUCGGUUCUAAGGCCGCCCAUCAUGAUCCCCUUAAGACUGAGGCCGGGUUUGGUGGAUCGGGUCAGAGCAGGGACCCACUUGGUGGCUACACAGCUACUGAAGCUAAUAAUAACCGAAGAGGAAACCAAGGUGAAUCUGGUUGGACCAGUGUCCAGGAAUUUGGGAGUCUCAACACUGAUGAAAGUGCAGCAUAUAAUACAAGCAUAAGAGGUAGUAAAAUUGAAACUGGAACAGGAGGUUCAACAGUGGAUACUAUUUAUGCUGUGCAAGUAACUAAGAUCCCUGUCUCGUCUGAGGACAUUGGGCAUGUUCAAGCCCAAACCCAGGGCCAAGGCCAAGGGCAGCUUCGUCGCAACGAUGAGGAAGCUACUGACCGCUGA